AGAAGAAGAAGAAGAAGAAGAAGAAGAAGAACCAACAACGACAGGCUGAUCGUUGCAGGAGUGUUUAGAGAAUGCCUUUCCAUUUCUGCUCUCAGUGUGGGACAAAGUUGAAGCCUGAUUUCAAAUUUUGUCCAUCAUGUGGGGAGAAGCUUCCCUGUCUUGUCGAUGAAUCUGGACCUGUGAGCUCGACAGCGUCUCUAAGUCUCUCUCCACCCAGGAGGGAGGAAACAGCAAUAUCAUUAGUUAAAUCUAGUCUUGCUUCAAGCACAAGCUACGAACCCACAGGAAGCACGGUUACACCUCGUCCUGCGCUGAAAAAGACCCGAAACUCCCUCCGUCUUGACAGGGAAGUUGAAAUCAACAUUAAAGAUGCCACUUCACCCAUGGUGCCCUACUCCACUAGUCCUGUCAAAGAUGAUAGGAUCAAAGAUAAUGGUGUUGGAUUCGGUGGAACUCCACAGAAGCAGCCCACAGUCACUUUUAAACUCAACACAGGGAAAGAGCCAGCUCUAAAGUCUUCUCCUGUCCAGAAAUCCCCUCGCACUGUGAGGGGAAAGGCAAAACUCUCCAGCCCUGCCAAGCAGAUAGAGGAGAGACAGAGGCUGACUGAUAAAACAUGUGGGAAAGCAGAGGAGUCAAAGGUAGACAGCUCUCAUGUGGUCAUCCCUUCCCCUCAUUCCUCACCAAACUCCAAGUCCCCUUCAAAAGCGUUAGGAAAGGGCAGAGCCAAGAAGGCAAAGCAUGCAGCUGCUGUGGAGCCGCUACAAGAGGGUGAAGAGGUGACUGACACGACAGGCAAGAAGUGGAAGCUGGGAACACUGCUCAGUCAGAGCACGUCAGAGCUCAUCUAUGAAGUUUUGCAAACAGCUUCACGAUCUAGUACCAUGGAAUCAAAUCACAUCCUCAAACUGGGAGCCAAAGAUGGAAGAAUCUUCACUGAGCAGAACUUUCUGCAGAGAGCUGCGAAACCUGCGUCUGUGGAAAAGUGGAUCAAACAAAACAAGAUGGAUUUUCUUGGGAUUCCGUCCUGUGUUGGCUUCGGUCUCCAUGCAGAGUCCUACAGGUUUCUGAUUUUCCCCAACAUGGGCCAGUCUCUUCAGUCCAUCAUGGAGGAAGAAAAUGAGCUUCUGUCGGAGAAAGCUGUCCUUCAGCUCGCCUGUAGAAUAUUGGAUGUGCUGCAGUAUAUCCAUUCAAACGAGUAUGUUCAUGCUGAUAUUAAUGCAGAAAACAUUUACAUCCAACCAGGACAGAAAUCUCAGGUAUACCUAGUAGGAUACUGCCAUGCCUUCAGGUACUGUCCUGGGGGACAACAUGUAGAGUACCGUGAAGCCAGCAGAACACCACACGAGGGCACCGUGGAGUUCAUCAGCCUGGACACACAUAAGGGAGCAGCUCCGUCUCGACGCAGUGACCUGCAGUCGCUGGGUUACUGCAUGCUGCGUUGGCACACAGGGACGCUGCCAUGGUCUCCUCUCACUCAACCAGACCAGGUGGCCAAGGAGAAACAGAGAUACAUGGAGGACGUCCCUGCACUGUUGAGUCACUGUUUUGGGAAGAGGAGAGUCUCCAGUGCCUUUCAAACGUACCUGACUGAAGUGAUGACUCUGCAGUACUCUGACCAGCCAGACUACUCAGCGCUUAAGGCCAGACUCAGUGCUGCUCUACUGAAGCUGGGGGGGUCACUGGAGCAGCCGCUAAGUUUUUAGAGAAAUGGAACUAAAAGACAAAACUCUGGAAGAUUUUUAAUUUGUUUUUAUCAUUGCUGUAUUUUAUGUGAUGUUUUAAUGCACUGAAAGCAAAUGUCUUCACUGUGUUCAAAUGACACUCAUGUUCCGUUAAUGGAUCUUUAUGGGGAGCAUUAUUUUAACAAUUUGUGGUGCUGUUGUAGUUUCUCACAUUGACUGCAUGGUGUUUUUAGUGUUACAAGGGCAACAUUUCCUAAACACAUACAGUACAUACUUACUUGUAAGCAUAGUUUAUUUUCUUGGAUAAAAAGCAUUAUUUUUUUUAAAUGCUGCCUUAGUGUCCUUUAACUGUCAGACAAAACACCCCAUCAUUAAUUUAUGCUCAUAAGAAUCAAUCUUCAGUUUAAGAGGUGUAUAUAAAUAAAUCAAUUUUGAGGAAAUGGUUUUUGCACUCUUGUUGUUGUGAUGUUUUGUGCUUAAGUCUUUACAGUCCUAAUUACACAGGAUGUCUGCAGGUCCUUAAAAAGACUUAAAUUCAAUUUUAAUAAAUUUUAGGCCUUAAAAGUCACUAAAUUUUAAUUUGUGCUAAAAACAUUUUAUCUAAUUUUAGCCCUUUUAAUUUAUCAUUGUGAAAAUUAGUUCUUCUGAUUCAAAGUCCACAUUCUUUAUGCUAUGAAUCUUUAAACAUACCUUAACCUAAUUCUGCCUUUUUAUCUUAUACCUAUCACCUGUUGCCAAAAUGUAGAUUAACCCAACUCACUAUUGCUUACCUUUAUACAUACCUGUUGUGCUUGAAUAGGAAAAAGAUUUGCCCAAAAAUGAGUCUUAAAUUUAAUUAAAAAUGAUCUCAAAAAAGCAAAUUAAAGUGUCUGCCACCCUGAUACAGGUCACAAAUGCUGAUUCAUUCAAUCCAACAAAAGCCGUGUUCAUUUUAAAGAAACCUUUAUAAAGUUUAAACAUUUCUGAACAUAAACAUUUUAACAUUUCAAGACAUAUACAAUUCUUUAUAUGAAACAGUAAAUAUCUCUUAUUGUGCACACUCUUAAAGUAAUUCAGAAAAUAAACACUGUUAUCUUUUGCCUGAUCUCUCCUGUCGUGGCAUUUUAAAACCUUACAUCUCUGUCACUUGAGGCACUUUCUGAAUGACGAGGCUUUUGUAGAACAACAUAAAGCAUGACGCUGAGAGACUAUAGCGCCCCCGUGAGGCGGUUUUUGUACACAGCUACAGACCCGAUGGCUUCCUUGCACUGAAGCCUAGCUUACACACUUAAAACUGAUCAGUUGAGCUUUUUAUA